AAGAGCAGCGUUGGUGAAAAAAUAUAUUUUAUAAAAGAGACCUCAAGUGUCGCCGUUCUGCAGAAUUUACAAUGAAGGGGUUUUUACUGCUGUUUCUUGUUGGUAUCGCUGCAGCGGCACCGGCUACUAAAGAAAACGAUAGUUAUGUUAUGGUGAUCGACGGUAAUUUCUAUCGCAGUGAACGGAUAAAAUACAAAUCAAACCAUGACAUCGUAAGCAUAUUAGUUCCUUUCAAUUCCCUUUACUUUAAUAGAGAUGUGCCUUCUGAAUCGAAUCCUAAAGAGAAAGUUAUGGAUCUCGUUCUAUUCUUCACUGAAGCAGAUGUUUCGGAAGAUGGUAUAAAAAGUUACAAGGGUGUAUCAGUAAUGAAGAAGAAUAAAGUGACAAAACUGUUGGAGAAUGGUAAAGACAUGGCAGCUUCGGGAGACAAUGGCAAAGUCGUUUUCAUUGGCGCCAGUGACGGACUUUACGUUUACAACGACGAACAAACCGCCGUAGAAAAAUUCGGAUCAAUCAGUGAUGACGUCAUCGGAAUAGCCAAGCAAGAGUAUGGAGAUGCAAUAUACAUUUUGACAGCCAAAAAAGAAGUACACAAAGUAACAGAAAAAGGAAACACUAAAGAGAAAAUCGAUGAUAUAGUCGAUGCGGAGCAAAUUAUGUUGGACUAUAACAACAAUCUGUAUUUCUACUCGAGCGAUAAACAAGUAAAAAUUUGCACUACAGAAGGUAUUAAAAAAGUUGAUGGUCUUCCCGAAAAUCCUACAAAUGUUCAGCUCAUCAAACCGGCUUUUGUUAUGAGAGAUUUUGUUCCUGUCGUGGUCGAUGACAGUGUUUACAUAAUAUACACUAAUGGAACAAGCGCGAAAGCGGGGAUUGAUUUCAAAGAAGCCAAGUAUAGACCCACCGCUUACUCCAUGGAAGGAACAAUAGUGCAGUACUAUGCAUACAACAAGACAAUUUACGAGUAUAACAUGCUAGACAUCGUAUCGGGAUCCGGGAUGGAUGAAACGAAAACCUUCCUAGAUAACAAAAAUAUCACUAUCCAAGACCUCAUUACUAUUAAACAUAGACAUUAGAGAUAGGAACUGAAUUUACAUUCAUUGUAAUUUUUUUAAUAAAGUUUUAAUAGAAAAGAU